AUGUCCACUGCUGCAGCCGAAACCUUUUUCAAUGUGCUAGAUGGAGGGGCUGACGUCGUCACAAUGGCUACUCCGGCCUUCAAACCUAUCUGUCGCCUCGUUGCCCCUCUUUUGCCACCAGCGAAAUUGAAGGAGGGUGACAGAGCCCAAGCUGCAACUUUGCAGAUUCUAGAGCAGAUGCGGCCCCCACAUAUGGACAGAGAAGCUCACGACUCACUUCAACAGAGAUUUGACAAAAACUGCGCGUCUCGAGCUAAGCUCGAGUCUGUCGGGUUCAUUACCUCAUUUGCUCCGUCGAAGUGGAAUCUGAUCUCGCAAUACUCGACUGAUGCACGUAAGCUUCACCAAAGAGCGGUGGCCUCUUCACACGAAGCAAAGAGCAAGAUGUUGUGGCGAGACAAAGAUCGUGCGGGAAGGUCCAGUCCAGGUAGUCUAUCUGCCCCUGUCACUGCGAAAGGCAAGGGCGCACAUCCAAGUUGUGAAAUUUCCGUGCUGGAAGCAGCAAGAACACCCGGCGAUAUGAAUGUAACUUUGCCUGAAGAGGGUAUGAUGUCUAAGUUAGACGGAGGCGAGGGUAUGGUAACAGACAUGGCUCAGAAUUACUCUCAAGCCGCUCAGCCUUUUCACAGGCCAAUAGCAUACCCAGGUUUGUCAUCGACUUCCUCCGUCCCAUCGCCAUGGUCGCUCAGUUCGGAAUGGGAUGAACUUGACGCCGAUCCAAGGUUUCAAGACGUAAGCGGAGACAGUUUCAGUGACUCCUGGAGCACGUUGGAAUCCGCUGCCGGCCCAGCAAAAGCUGCGGACGUUCUUUCAGAUAUUUUCAGCGGUUUGAUGCAGCACCCCGUCCAAAAGGUCAGCAAAGCAAAAUUGCCCACGGAUGGACUUCCGGCAUUACCAUCGCUUUCAAAUGGACCCCCCGUGAUCCUCGAAGACUAUGAUGUUGCUCAGUACCUUAAGCCAUUAUACCUCCGAGAAUGGUUCGUCACCUGGAACCGAGGCCGUUGGCAGUUAGCCAAAUAUAUCAAGUUCAAAUCGGGCACGGGGACCUAUGAUUUUGUUUCUGACGUUAUGCAAAUGUGCUUUGAAGAAAAUCUUGGCACCAAUUUCAGUAUCGUGAUGAGCAAUAUGAGGUCGGUUCUCUUUAGCACGCGCACGGAUAAUGCCUUACGGCCAGAACAACACUAUUCAACCGACGAGAAGCCACCGAGACAUCCCGGUAUUACCCUCCGUGACGUUCGCUUAGCCCUUAUCAUUGAGCGUCACUGGCAGUUCUUGUUCAAGGAGAAGCGUUUGAAGCCGAGGGCUUCCUUAGACCAAUCAAUCUCCUCCGUAUAUACCCCUCUUUCGCUUAUUCCUUUCACGUUACGACCUCCUGAAAAACGUAGCAAGGAAGACCUACUUGUCGCUCACGCAGUCCUUCUUGAACUUGAAUUGAUCACAAUCCCUACUUCUUCUGUUUCCAAAGUGGCUACGCUUUCGACUGUGGCGACGCUCACUUCCAAUGCGAUGUAUUAUCCGCAACAAUCCCCGGGCAUCGCCCAUAAGCUCCCCGCCCACCAGCAUCCGAAUCAGGUGCACGAUCAGUCCCCAUGGUCUCGACAGCCGCAUCACGCCGUCCUGGGUGCCCCCGCUCACACUCAGCCGCCGACAUCCCCUGGAUAUCCCCUGUUUAAUGGUGCGCUGAGUGCGAUGCAGCACCAUCCACAUCCCCACUUGUCAGGGCCACUCACUCACCACCAUCACCAUCAAAACUCUUUGUCCCACUCGCAUUUUCCGUCUCCGCCUAAUGGAAACGGAUUACAAGGGCAUGUUGCGCUGAAUGGGUCGCCUGGGAGUGUAUCUACACCACAUAUGACCGUGCACUGGCAACAGCAGUUGCUCAAGUACGAGAUGAGCCGUGCGUCUCGAUCGCCUCACCAUCGCGCGCGGGCAAGUGCUAUGGCCUCCCGUACAGUUCAGAAAUCAGCCAUCCCCAUAACGAACCCAAAUGCAGUCAAACCGGCGGAUACAAAUGGGACAAUCGUGAAGGAGAACGACGGGACCUCGGGUUCGUCCCCUUCAACUGCGUCUGCAACGACGUCCUCUCCCACGUCGCUUUCAGCAUCCGCGAAUGGGACCGCAAAAGGCGCGGAUCAUCCUUCAUCUACUGUUGCUCCAGUUGUUGAAGUCCCACGGCCAACUGCACCGAAACCGCAGAAUACGUGGAGCUCUCUGGAUAUGGGCGGGGUAAACAUUAAAAGUCUCCCACCCUCGUCCGGGUUAUUCUCUUUUUCGUUUCUGAUCAACCUGUAUCUCAAUCAUAAUGCGCUGACCAGCAUACCGCCUGAGAUCGCCAAGCUGCGCCAUCUGGAAUUACUGGAUCUGUCCGGGAAUAGCCUUCUUCACAUCCCCACAGAACUUGGAAUGCUUACAUCGUUGAAAGAGCUUUAUCUAUUUGAUAACCAGCUCACCACGUUGCCACCAGAACUUGGUACCUUGCAUCAACUGCAAACGCUGGGAAUCGAGGGUAAUCCGCUCGAACUUUCGCUAAAGCAAAUUGUACAGAAAGACGGUACACCUGCACUCAUCUCUUAUUUGCGAGAUUCAUGUCCAGUCUCGGCAUCGCCCCCAGACCGCAUAUGGAAAGAUCUCAUCACUACGGCCGAACGAGAAAGUUUGGCGAGCGACCCGAAUGUCGAGACCCUCAGUGCGCUUUGCUACAAUAUCUUGUGCGAGAGAUGUGCGACAGAGCGGUUGUAUGGAUAUACACCUUCCUGGGCUCUUGCAUGGGACUAUCGCAAGGAGCUAAUACUAGCGGAGAUUGUCGGCCAUGACGCUGACUUCGUAUGUCUGCAAGAAGUUGAUAUUGCGCAAUACGAGGACUAUUUCCUGCGCAACUUGUCGGAACGAGACUAUGAGGGUGUGUAUUGGCCAAAGUCGAGGUACAAGACGAUGAAUGAAGCAGAUCGACGGCUGGUUGAUGGGUGCGCUACAUUCUACAAGGCAUCGAAAUACACUCUUGUGGAAAAACAUCUCAUUGAGUUCAGCGCUGUCGCGAUGCAGCGGUCAGAUUUUAAGAAGACGGACGACAUGUUUAAUCGAGUGCUCGGCAAGGACCAUAUCGCCGUGAUCAGUUUGCUUGAGAACAAACUGACCGGUACACGCUUCAUCAUCGCCAACGCCCAUAUCCAUUGGGAUCCUCAAUAUCGUGAUGUCAAGCUGGUCCAAGCUGCCCUUCUUGUCGAGGAGAUCGAGAAGAUUGCCGAUAGCUUUGCAAAGUAUCCACCUCGUCCACCCAUUUCGACCAAUGGCAUGACCACUACCUCUGGCGCAGGGGAUCACAAUGCCUCAUCACGCCCCCCUCCUAUCUACUCAGAUGGGACGAAGAUUCCGCUAAUCAUUUGCGGAGAUUUCAACUCGGUACCAGCGAGCGGUGUCUAUGAUUUCCUAUCAACGGGUACCGUGCCGCACAAUCAUCCCGACUUCAUGUCGCAUUUGUACGGCAAGUACACCUCUGAUGGUUUGAAACAUCGUCUCGGACUCAAGAGUGCGUAUGCUGCGGUGGGCGAACUCCCCCUAACAAACUUCACGCCAAGCUUCUAUGGGGCGAUCGACUAUAUCUGGUACUCCACCGCGAAUCUAUCUGUCAACGCUGUUCUCGGUGAGGUGGAUAAAUCGUAUUUGGAGAAGGUGGUUGGUUUCCCGAAUCCCCACUUCCCAUCAGACCAUUUAUGCAUCGUGUCGGAGUUCCGCGUACGACCACCGAAAGACCCUCAAGCUCCUCGACCACCGCCAAUCUUCCCAGAGUCCUCUCGGGCACACGUUUAG